UACACAGGUGAGUUUUGCUGUUGUCAUGGUGUAGCCAACCUUAUAUCUCUGCCAGAUAGACAUCAGCCCUAUGAGAAACAUGUAAAAACACAUCCCUGAGUUUUAGCUCCAGUGGCUGAGGAUGAUGCUGUUAGUAUGGAAUUUAAUUAAUUCCUUUAUACUGUUCUUUUUUUUGUAAGCGUUACGUAACCAACCUGCAGGUAUGACCUGGUGUACCUGAAGUCUAUUGAUUAGCUGAUCGACUUGUCCAGGCAGACAGCCAAUACACUCACUAUAUGGACACAAGCCUCUUGUACACAACGGUCUGAGUAUCCACCAUAUAUAAUAUAUUACUAUAGAGAGGGCUGAGAAAGGAAAGGCCAACAUAAGGUGAUCAGUCUAUCUAGGAGUGUUAUAGUCAUCAUAAGUGACAUACCUCUGUGUCGGUAUGUGUGUGACAGAACGUGACUCUAGAUAUAGCAGGUCGUAUCCACGGAAACAUAACUUAUGAAAACAUCGCUGGAAAUAGCUCGUGACAUCACACAGGUACUAAUGGUAAAACAUGAAUGCACUUGAAGGAUGUAUGGAAUGUUCUUACUCGUUCCUGUUGAGACAUCCACUUGAUACAACAAUACAACCAAGUACAGACAAACAACCAAAGUUAAUUGGAAACUUCUUAAAAUAGAGGGAAACAGCCUAGGAUACUGGAAAAUGUCCUGGGAUAUGGGAAAACAGCACAGGAUACUCGGAAAUGUCCUAAAACACAGGAAAACAGCCUAGGAUACUGGGAAAUGUCCUAAAAUAGAGGAAAACAGCCUGGGAUACUGGGAAAUGUCCUAAAAUACAGAAAAACAGCCUAGGAUACUGGAAUAUGUCCUAAAAUACAGAAAAACAGCCUAGGAUACUGGAAUAUGUCCUAAAAUACAGAAAAACAGCCUAGGAUACUGGAAUAUGUCCUAAGAUAUAGGAAAACAGCCUAGGAUACUGGAAUAUGUCCUAAAAUACAGAAAAACAGCCUAGGAUACUGGAAUAUGUCCUAAAAUACAGAAAAACAGCCUAGGAUACUGGAAUAUGUCCUAAGAUAUAGGAAAACAGCCUAGGAUACUGGAAUUUGUCCGAAAUAUGUUACAGAAAACACCUGUUCACUGUUGAUGUCCGAAAUUUUUUUUUUAAAGGGUAAUGAUAAAAACGUACAAUACAAGAGAAUUAAAUAAUACACAACUGUUUGUCAUCUACAUGUGUGUAGAAUAUCUAGACAGAAAAACAAUUAAGUUCUAAUACACAUGAUUAUAUACAUGUGAAGUGAUUAACCCAUCUUCAAUCUGCCUACAUGUAAAACGGAUAAGAUAUACCUAGAGAGAAAGCGGCCGACAAUGGAUCAGGAAACGACAACACUUCCUGCUGUCUGCUACGUACUACCGUUACAGAUCGACAGCCGUGCAUAGAAAAAACUGAUAUAUCCCACAGACAAUUAACAUUGACAGACCUGGACUGAUUCAAAAGGAAAUUUCUAAAUUGUGACAAGAAAUGAAUGUCAUAUAUGGAAUUCUUACUGAAGGGAAAGAAGAGGCAGGAUGGAUUUUGAAUGCUGUUGACUAAAAUUGCAUUUUUGUGUCAAUUUGUGUUGUCAAUGCAUUUUACUGGUUUUGCUUUCUCUUGGAUUAUUUCUAAAUAGAAAAGUCACUUUUGAACAUUAAUACAGAAAGUGAUAUUAUUUUCGUAUAUAUGAGUGUCGGGGAAAAAAGUGGAAAAUGUGAAGAUUAUACAUCACUUAAAUCAUCUAAAAAGGCCUAGGGAUCACAAAUCUACACAGGUAUCCCAUUCCAUCCUAACAGGUAUGUCAUAUUAUAAUGAUACCUGCUUGACCAAUGUCCAGAUGAACACAUGUACAGAUACAACAAAUCUCAUUGUCCAGCCGGACACUAGAAUUGAUGACAUAGAAAAUGAUGUCUGUUCGGACACUGGCAUUGAUGUCACCGAAAAUGAUGUUCAGUCUGACACUGGCAUUGAUGUCAUAGAAAAUGAGGUUCAGUCUGACACUGACAUUGAUGUCAUAGAAAAUUAUGUCUGUUUGGACACUGGCAUUGAUGUCAUAGAAAAUGAUGUUCAGUCCGACACUGGAAUUGAUGUCACCGAAAAUGAUGUUCAGUCCGACACUGGAAUUGAUGUCACCGAAAAUGAUUUUCAGUCCGACACUGGAAUUGAUGUUAUAGAAAAUGAUGUUUACACUGACACUGGAAUUGAUGUCAUAGGAAACAAUGUUCAGUCUGACACUGAAAUUGAUGUCAAAGAAAAUGAUGUCCCCUUUAACACUCCCUCCAACACUGAUGUUCUAGAAAAUGGUGUCUGCUCCGACACUUAUGUCCAAGAAAAUGAUGUCCAGUCAGACCCUGGAACUGAUGUCAUAGAAAAUGAUGUCCCCUCCAACACUGAUGUCAUAGAAAAUGAUGUCCAGUUAGACCCUGGAACUGAUGUCAUAGAAAAUGAUGUCCCCUCCAACACUGAUGUCAUAGAAAAUGAUGUCCAGUUAGACCCUGGAACUGAUGUCAUAGAAAAUGAUGUCCAGUCAGACCCUGGAACUGAUGUCAUAGAAAAUGAUGUCCCCUCCAACACAGAUGACACAGAAAAUGAUGUCCCCUCCAACACAGAUGACACAGAAAAUGAUGUCCCCUCCAACACAGAUGACACAGAAAAUGAUGUCCGAUCCAGCAUCUAUACAGGAAUGCCAGUUAAUGAUGUUCAGUCUGACAAUCGUACAGAUCUACUUGGUAAGGAUCUCCAGUCUGACUCCAAAACACUAGCUGACCCAUUAGGUCCCGUUAUGACCUUUGACCUACUAGGUCCUGUUGGAGAACGUCUACUGUGUCCGACAUGUAUCUGUGUGUCUUUGACCGGAGAGUUUGUGGUCAGUGACACAGAGAGUUGUUUUGUGGUGAUCUAUAGCAGUGAUGGACAGUACCUAAGCCAUUUCAGCACUAUUCCAAAGAGGAUGUUCUACAUGUUUAUAGAUUUAGCUAAAUAUAGACCGCAGGAUGUCGCCUGGCUCUCCUCAAAACGCGUAGUUUACACCCAGCCAGCCGGCUGCCGGGUAGUCGUCUCGGACUGGAAGGGUAAAUCCACAGUUUCCAUUGAAGGUCAGCCGCUGUAUGAACCGUAUGGACUCUGCAUCGACAAAUCUGACAAAAUCUAUAUCACCGAUAGAGCAAAGGGGAGAAUACUCUGCUACAACUCGAACGGUAAGCUUAUUAAGAGCUUAGGUGCAUUUGGAUCUAGAGAAGUACUCAGUAAUCCACAUUAUAUUCAUGUCACAAAUAACGGGAACAUUUGUGUGAACGAAUUGUGCGAAGGCAAGAUUCGAGUCCGAGUUUACUCCAAGACUGGCACAUCUAGUUGUGUGGUAGGUAAGGGAGACAAUCAAGUGUUAGGGAGCUUGGCAGUAGAUCCCGAGGGAUGUGUCUUACAGGUCGAUCUUAGGGUCAGUGACCUAGUUGUGUGUCCUCCUCCUAAGCUAAAUGGAUACAUUCACAAGGACAAAACUGUAACAGAGCAGAAUGGACACAGAGACUUGACCACAAGCCUAUUGGUCAGUAGGACCUUGACCUCUGACCUUGGUGGCAUGACCUUCACCAAUACUGAUAACCUUGUGUGUAUUGACCGUAAGGAAAAAAAGGCCAAGGUAUAUGUCUGGAACAAUCAUAAGGAAAAAUUGGUUCCUUUGUAAAUACUUGGAUUAACAGCUGCUGCUUUUAUACAUAAAUAUAUAACAAAACUGUAAUUAAAAUUACAUUCUGGUUUU